AUGCCCACUGCCACUGCUAAGGCACCGACGAUCACUGCAUACAUUGAUACGACAGCAGCAGCGGUGUCGUCAUCGACGUUAGCCCUUAAAGCCAUUUCGAAAAUGCGUCGAUACUUUUACGACCACGUUCAGCAUCAGCCUUUUCGAUGGAUGAUUGGACAGACAGCCCGCUUCGCACAAGACGUUGGACGUACUUGA